AUGGAUGAAAGUUACAGGAACAGACACCGCUUGGCUUGGGAGCAGCGACGCGCAGCGGAAGCAGCAGAGCGCGAAGCCGCAGCUGCUGCGGAAACGGCCGCAGCCGCGGCAACAGCCAGAACAGUUGCGGCUAGCACGCCGCAGAGGCAGACAUCUACCCCCCAGCGUGAGAUGCCGCCUUGUCCUGUUGUCGCUGCUGCGUCGACGCAGCAGUCGCUUGUAGGUGCCCUACAGCAGCAGCAACACCAUGUGACGCAGCAGCAGGUGCAGCAGCACCAGCCGUCCAGCAUGACAGAGGAGGAGGCCCUGAACGAAGCAGCAGCAAGAAGGCUUCAAGAAGAGCUAAAUGCAGAGGACGAGAUAAGACGUCCAGAUGAGGCCUACAGCGAGUGUCUGCUGGGAGCCCCAGAGAACUCUUGGGGCCAUGCAGGAACUUCCGGAGCUGUAGGGGGCUUUGGCGGCAUCGGGGGUAGUUUGACGGACGGCUUUCGCGCUGCAGCAGUAGCAGCUCAGGGGCUGCUGCAUCGCUGUGAUUCAGAGGCCCCCAUAGACGUCUCAGACGUUGACGAGCAGCAGCAGCAACGGAGACGCAGGGCUGCGGACUCGUCACCUUCUGCCCGCCCGUGCGGCGUCAUCCCCGUCGACCCUGACCCUCUUGGUGUGGAGGUGAUUUCGCCGAGAUCAGCAGGACGGGACAUGACGCUGCCGACACAAGAGGCAACGGAGACAGCGGCAGCAGCGGCGGCAGCAGCAGCGGCAGCGGCAGCUGCGGGGAUCCAAGUGGAUUCAGAUGAGGCCGUGCUGCAGGCGGCGAUAGCCCAAAGCUUAAUCGAUAUGUGA